AUGGCGCUGGGUGGGGAGGGCAGCCCCAGCCUGCUGCUGUCACUGAGCUGGGCCUUGACAUGCAACUCCAGAUGGCUGGUAGUUACUGUUGCAGUCGUGAUCUCUGGUCUUCUCAUCGCUGUCAUUGUCCUGGCAGUGCUGUUAUUUGGGUGCGCUCCAGCUGUGCAGGGCCCCUGGUGCCCAGACAGCUGGGUCGGCUACCAGGGGAAAUGCUUCUAUUUCUCCGAGGGUGAAGGGAACUGGACCUACAGCCGGAGCAACUGCUCUGCCCUGGGGGCCUCCCUGACUGGGAUCGACAACGAGCAGGAAAUGACUUUCCUGCUGCGCCAUAAAGGCAAACUCCACCACUGGAUCGGCCUCUGGAGGGACCCGGGGCAGCCCUGGAAAUGGGCCAACGGCACUGAAUUCAACAACCUGUGAGUCUUUGCCCCCCUCUCCGUGAGCUCUGCUGUCAGUGGAAUCUGUGUCAUCACGUAACCAGUGUUUCGCUUGUAAGAUGCACAUGAAAAGCACCACUGCUCACACCCACCCCCACACCCACCCUCCCAGGGAACUUCCUUUUGGACUCCCGUUUAUAGUGACCCUUGAGUCCUGCUUUGCUACCUUAGCCAGUUAUUUUACUAACCAAUUGUAACCUGCUGUAUCAGAAUUAGCGAACCAAUCAUACCCCUCGCCCUUAGUAGAUUUACACCUAGGAAAAUGAAUUACUCUGCAGAGAGAAGCCAUUAAAAACCAGACAGGUCACAGGGACACCCCCGCUGGAGUCAAUAGCCGGGUUUGAAGCCUGGCUGGUCGUCAAUGAAAGCCCGAGACUCUUGAGUGACAGCACCGAGGGGCUGGAUUCACAAAGGGAUUUAGGUGCCUAACUGCCCUGGGGGCGGUUCCAGUGUCCCACAAUCAGGUGCCAGUCCCAGAAGGAAUGUUCAGCCAGUCGCCUCUAAACUCCAUAGGGCCUGAAACGUGCUUGGUGCCUCCGUUUUCACAGCAGCUGUUCUCUGGGGCCUGUUCCUGCCUCACGGCUUGGUGCUGCAUGGCACGGGAGGGGGACGUGCUCCUCCACCCAAGGCCGC